AUGGCAGAAGCAUCGAAACCGCCGCCAAAACGGCGGAUGAGGGUACAGAAAUCGUGUACGGAAUGCCAACGACGAAAGCAGAAGUGCAUAAUCCGACGGCCUGACGUCCCAUGUGUAAACUGCUCCAGGCGCUUCCCCCCGGUGGAAUGUGUCAUCACGCAGGUCGAUUCGGUUCCGAAGCCCGCCUAUGAGGAUCAGAUUCACACCUUUGAACUGCCGGCGUUCUCUGUGGGGACCGGCAAACAGCCCGAGGUCACUUCCGCGAAUUAUCAGUUGCCUACCCCACCUACGUCUUCGAACCCGGGGACGCCAGGAGCAUUGGCUUUUCGCAUUCAACGACAACCACGGUCAGAGUCACCGUCUUCCUGUGGCCCUUCAUGGAACGAUCUGAGGAAAUCCUCCGAUGACCUUGACGAUGAGCACAAAUCUUUGAUCACGAGGAAAGCUCGUGCUAACCUCUUCCUCGACGGCAAUGGUGACCCGAUGGCCUUCUUUCACAAUAGUCCAGCGUCAUUUGGCGGAAUCCUCUCUGAAGUGACAACAAUCAACGGGAUGCCGCUUCCCGAGGGACCAAGGACCAUGGAACUUCUUCAUUUCUAUGUCCAAGUCGUGGCUCCAAAUAUGGUGUCGAUAGAUGGGCAAAGCCAGCCUCCGGUUUUCCUGGCCGAAGUACUUCCCUGGAUGCUUCAGUCUCCAUUGUUCCCAAACAUUGGAGUUUUGAUGUCUUCGAUGACCCAGUCUCUCGAACAAGGAAUGGAGAUAACUAAGAACUCGGAGUCGCUCGCACUUAAAGCUCGUGUUCUGACCAUCAUUGCCGAGUAUAUGGAACGUCCUUUCGAUAUAAUCGCCGUCGAGAUGGUCCGUUGCAUUAUAAAUCUGGUCGUCAUGGAGUGGUUCUGGGGUGCUGAUGACAGCAUGUUUGCUCAUAUGAGAGGCAUCAAGCGCAUGAUCAAUCUCCGCAAUGGCAUGAGGGGCCUUGGAGAUGUAGUUGGCGAGUCAAUCAUUGUUCUGACCGACUACGAGAUCGCGUGCUGCUUCGAGACUGACCUCUACUGGCAAGAGAACGACCCUAUCCGAGACCAGGAGAUGCCCAUUCCGACGACGUGGCCCGACUGCUACGAUAGUCCGUUGUUGGGAUCGACGACGAGAUUCGAAAGCAUUGCAGAGAAGCUUGGGAUAUGUAUCACAGCGAGCAAGAUCCUCGACGACGUUCGGUUUCUCACGACAUCCAUCACUACGGUCCCAAGUUUGCCGACGGGAACCCCGAAGAUCCGAAGCACGGCAUCGUGGCUGUACGAGAAGCUGCGAAAUAUGCCCACGGUGAAGCCCACAGCGACCAGCCCCGAGAGCGACUGGCUGCUCGAGACGAUCCGACUCGCGGCUUUGAUCUACAGUUGGGCGGUGAACUCGCUGAGGCAAAUAUCAAAUUUCGACAGUCAGGAGGUGCUCGAGGACGCGUAUGUGGCAAUGAGAAAAGUGAGCCUAACGACAUGGAAGAAAAUACCGGGGAUAUUCUUGUGGAUCAUGUUAGUGGCGGCACCCAACGCGGCACCGGAUGCCAGGGGCAGAUUUGUCCGGAGGAAAAUGGCCGUGACGGGCUUAUCGAUCGGAUUUGAGGACUUCGUGCUCGGAACAUCGUAUCUGAAAUCAUUCUGGACUGUUCAGCAGUGGAUCGCCAAGGAGGGCGAUGCAGGUGUGCAGAGACUUGAGGACAAGUGGUUGAUGGGUCUCGGCCGGGAGCGGGAGCCCAACAGGAAAGCCAAGUCAUAG